GGACUUAAGGUUACUGUGUUAAAUAUCACAAGCUUGAAAAAAUCGUAGCAAAGGCUGCAAAAUACAUUUUCUUCAUUUGCCAAAAAUGUCCCCAUUGCAUUCUCCGUAGUAGGCGGAACGCAUAUAAGUUACCCGGAAACAUCCAGAGAUAUGGUGUUACCUAUUGCAGUCACGAAUUGUGGCAUCUGGAACAUUUGGUUUCACUUUAGAUUAGCGGGCUGUAUAUUACUAAAUUUAAUUUUAAUUUUGAAAGAAAGUUCCAGAAAAUAUGCCAUUUCUAGUUAAACUAGCUGAUAUUCGAAGUUACCAAAUCUGUACUGACAUUGCAGCUUUUAUCGAAAUUCAUUUUAAUUUGUACCGAAGUAGCCCUGUUCCACAAUUGUAAUACACAUAUAAGCAGCAGUCAAAUGGAGCCUUUGCUUUUGGAUGCAACUCCGACAUGCACGGUGAUUUUCAUUGUACUACAACACCUACCGCCUUUAAACAAAACGGCAUCCGCCAUAUAAGUCAUCGUGCUUUGAUAUAUGGGUGUCCCUUCGCCGAACAAAAUGCAGUCGAUCGUGGAGAUCAAAGGCGUGAAGUCGGGACACAGCUGUGGCUACUGCGGCCAUCCCCGGGGAAAAGUGUCUUACGUGUUGCUUCCCAGUUGCAUAUGCAGUAUGUAGCACGGACAGGAGGAGGCAGGCUCAUCUCCACCCCCGCUUUAUUAUCCGCCUCUUCCACAUCGGCCUCUAUGGUGCUUUCGCUUUAAAACACCGACGGCCAGUUCAGAAGGAAUCCGGUUAAAGCAUCAGACGGGGCGGAGAUGGCAGCCGGCGGGUCGUACACCGUGGUGGAGUAUUUCGGAGGAGAAGCAGGCUAUCGGUGCGGAUAUUGUAAAAACGACGUCGGCAACUUUUCUCACGGAAUGUGGGCUCAUAGCAUGACAGUGCAGGACUACCAGGACCUGAUUGACCGUGGCUGGAGGAGAAGUGGGAAGUACGUCUACAAGCCGACCAUGAAUAAAACCUGCUGUCCUCAGUACACCAUCAAGUGCCAUGCCUUAAACUUCCAGCCGUCUAAAACUCAGAAGAAGAUCCUUAAGAAAAUGACCAAGUUCCUGUCCGGCGGGGUGAUGCCAGAAGGACCUUGUGAUGGUGAGCCCAUGGACUCGCACUGUGGGGAGGCAGUGCCCCCUGCUGGCCCCAGUAUGAACCGCACAGAUGCAAAAAUCCCAGUCAUCGUGGGCACCUCUGGGAAGGAGGAGGAGGAGGCCCCCAAGAGAGCAGAGCCUGAAACGGCACCCCAGGAGCCUCCGUCCGUAGCACCUGGCCUGACUUUGUCAGCCACCCCCAAACCCGGUAUGGGCGCAGAUCCUAACCGACCCCCCUGUCGCAAGGCCAAAGACCUGCGGAAAGAGAGGCGGCUGCAGAAGCAGCAUGGAGGGGGGGCUGCCUCGACAAGCCCCGUCCUCAAGUCAGCUCCCCUCCCGCCUCCCCAGGGGAAAUCUCUGGAAGACUUCUUUUCUGAUUCUCUCACUGAAUCCGCACACAGGCUGGAGGUGAGGCUAGUGCGCUCCAGCCCUCCCAGCCUCCAGUUCAAAGACACUUUCGACGCGUCCUACCAGGUGUACAAGCUCUACCAGAUGGCUGUGCACAAGGACCCCCCCGACAAACCCUCUGAGACACAGUUCCGGAGGUUCCUCUGUGAUUCCCCUUUGGAGGCUGAGAAGACCCCCGAUGGGCCGGACUCAGGCUAUGGCUCCUUCCACCAGCAGUACUGGCUGCAUGGCCGCAUCGUGGCUGUGGGGGUGGUAGAUAUCCUGCCCUCCUGCGUCUCUUCAGUCUACCUGUACUACCACCCUGACUACGCCAGUCUCUCGCUGGGCUCCUACUCUGCCCUCAGGGAGAUCGCCUUCACCCGGCAGCUACAGAAACGCACCCCCCAGCUUUCCUACUACUACCUGGGCUUCUACAUCCACUCCUGCCCAAAGAUGCGUUACAAGGGUCAGUACAAACCUUCGGACCUCCUGUGCCCGGAGACAUAUACUUGGGUGCCCAUAGAGCGCUGCCUGCCACUGCUUGAAGCUUCGGUUUAUGCCCGCCUUAACCAGGACCCCGACACAGGGGAAGAGAAUGCGCUGAAGAACAUGGAUCAGGCGCUGGUGCUCCACCAACGCAGCGUCAUGCCCUACCGCAUCUACAAACGGAAGUGUAGGGGCUCCACUGAUGAGCAGGAGGUGGUGCAGUAUGCCCGCCUCGUGGGGCAGGCCUGCGCGGAGAGGAUGCUGUUGUACAGAGCAUGACCACCAGAGGGAGCUUCUGUAACCUUUGGUGGGAGGGGCAGAGCUUCUGUGACCUUUAGAGGGGGUGGGACUUCUGUGACCUAUGUCGUUUUUUGUAUAUCUCCAUUUCACUCAUGUCACCGCCUGGAGUCUGUCACCGUGUUACCUUGAUACGUUAAAUGAAUGUUUAGAGUCUGUCACACCUUGCAAACGGGCAAAUUCCUUUACGGUUGAAGUCCCGCUGUUAGUAAUCUGAAGUCACUGAGCUGUCAAACAACAGACCAUUGUCCUUCAAAUUGGUCUGUAAGACUUCAGAUGCUAAUAUGCUUUAAAAAAAAACACACACACACAUAUCAAUUCCUGUCUCUUGAAUUGGACUUAAUUCUUUUCAGUAGAACGAGAGUCCAGAAAUCCCUGGUAACAGUGUUUUUCAAAUAAUAAUCAAUCUGCUGAGACAUUUCUCUGCUCUCAGCAUCCCAGCCUUGGUCUGAUGCUUUUCCUUCCAGCUUGUUUCCCUAGUUGGGGCUUGACUGCCUCUGGACGAUAAAAUGUUUCGUAGCUCCUCAAGCAAGCCAAUCCAAUGUCAGCAGUUCGAUGAGGCUAGUGGAUGGAGCAGUUUGAAAGGACACGCCGCAGUCUCUCUUCUUCUGGAAGAUUCCUAUACUGUAGCAAGGGUGGAAUAAUCUUCAGAUCCUCAAGCUGUCCAAAUCCAGCUCAUUGAGGUUUCAGACUGUGCCCUGGUGGAGCCAUCCCAUCAUGCCUCAUGGCUGCCAAACAAGCGGACAGCAGACCUCGACUGUCUGCUUGACUUUUGCUUUCAUCUAUGGAUGAAGGGGCAGCGUGAGGGCUGCUGGGUAAUAUGGGGAAAUGGACAAGGGCCUCUUACUUUAUCCCUGCGACACGCCGUAACCCUGAAACGGAGGGGCUGCCCCUGGUCAGGCCAGAAUCAGAACGAACAACGUGGGUGGGACUCAAAGGCUGCCGUCGUGACUCUGAAGUGGCCACGAGCGGUCAGGCCUUUGGUUACAGGCGGAAAGCUCUACAUGACUCAGCCUCAUACUAUGAAAUGUGAAAGAAGAAGAAAACCACAGAAUUUAUCUUCAUUUGGAUCAGUUGAAGCUUUUUGUCUCUCCUUGAAAUAUGGCUUAUUUGCAUCAUUUUUUUUUCUUUUAAUGUUAUAACGCAAACAAAAAUAAAUGUUUAAUUUUGCUUUCAAGAAAUAUAAACAUUGUACAUGUAGUACACUAAGGGAGUCUCUUAUGGUCAGGGGGAGCAGGGCAUUGUGGGAAAAGCGCUGUGGCCUGGAUGUGGCAAAGAAAGGCAGGAGGGGGGAAAACUGCCAAUGAGGCAGGAAUUUCACAUUGGGUUAAGCUUGGAGGUGGAAUUCCACCCAAAAAGUGUUUUCUUUGUCAUAAAACAGUCUGGUUUCCAAAGUAAAUGUUACCAUGUGCACCUUGAACAGAGACCUAGCAUGAGUCCCUCCCCCCCCCGACCAGAGCGGGAUGCAUUUAUCAUCUUUGUGCUGGAUGGUCAUAGGUCACGGCCUUUUGUCCUGCACGUCGUCUGUUUUCCAGAUUCCUGGAACUGCCACCUGCCAUGCGAGUUUCUGACACACUUUGUGAUCCUCAAUGUAGCUGCAGUUUAACAGACUUGUGUAAAGAGAAUGGAUACACGUCCCACUCGGGGUUCUCCUUCCUCCGCGGCUCACCAAUCCUCUGCCUUAUUAAGCUGUAUGCGGCCUCAGCCGCCAAAAACGAUGCUGGAAUUUCAUGGGACUGCCAACUCUCGUCCGAGCCGCGAGUAGAACAGGAUCGUCCUGUUGCUCAUGAGAGUGAGAAGCGUUUCUCGGUGUCGGGUGCUGUUGUGGAGAGAACAAGCACGGAGCGUGAUCCGGUUUAAUGGAAUUCCCCUGUAGCUGUAACCGUAAGCUCUGUGGCGACACGCGUGUAAAAGCUGAGGCCCUCCUUUAGCCAUGUUUAGCUAAGCAGCUGUCAGAUUGAGCCGUCCGUGCACUGCCAACAAAUCUCUUGGACCUGGCUGAGCUUGGCUAACGGGCUGCCCUUUCACCCCGAAAGCCGCCCGUCUCGAGCAGGGUCACGGCGGCCUGCUAGUCCUGAACGCAGACCAAACCGAGCCACACCCGCAACACAGGGCUCGUGCUGUCUGGAAGCAGACAGAACCUUGGCCAGUUCCAGCAUCGGUGGGCCUGACAGGUAUGUGAAUCGGGAAAGCGGAGCAUUGUUGGGUGAUAGUCCAUUUCGGGGGGGGGGCAAGCCUCCAGCCAGAGGAGGUAAUUGGACUGAGAUGUUAAUGAAGGGAACAGAUUUAUUACGUGGACCUAGCACAAUAAACACUCUUCAUGUCUGACAAUGAGAACAGAACCCAAAGACAUUAAUCCCAACAAUCUACAACUGGUGUGUGUAUGUGUGUGUGUGUGGGGGGGGUCUUUAGACACUCCCACACCUUGUGAAAACCUCAGGUCAACAAAUUGUUUGUUUCCAUAGGAACAAAGUCCUCUCCCCCAAGGAGCAAUAAAGUUGGAUCAGUCCAGCCUG